AUGGCAACAAAUUACCGUUUAAAUUUUGAUUUACCUAUGUUUCAAUUACAUAUAGAGGUUCCGCUUCAGGAUAUUAUUGUUGACGAAUUUUCUGUUGCUCUAUUAGAAUGUAAAAUAUCAGCGCAGAAAAUACCGUCGUUCACCUGGUAUAAGGAUGGGCAAGUAAUAAGCCCUUCCGAGCGUAUAAAAAUUACUAGCAACAACGAAUGGUAUCGACUUGAAAUUAAAUCAGUUGCAGCACAUGAUUAUGGUGUUUAUACCAUUAUAUGUUCGGACGGCAUUAGACAAAGAAUGUCAAAAGCUAACUUAUAUGUGCGACCUGUCAGGAACUUUUAUGACAACUACGGAAUUGUUUACAUGAAUCCUUGUCCACGGGAAAGCGUCGCAGUAUUUCGUCAUUUAAUAGAUUUAUCAUUACAAAUAGGAGAACGCAUCGAACUGGAAAUAGAACUGAAGUCAGCGUGUGCCGAAGAUUUCUUGUGGUAUAAAAGCAAUAAUCUCAUCGAUCAAGAUCCACGAACAAUUAUUCUUAAAGACAGUAAAACUUCAACUCUCUCGAUACUUCGAGCUCGAAAAAGUGACACUGGACUCUAUCAUGUAGUUGCUAAAACUAAUCGCGGUAUAACGUCUAGCUUCGCCGAGGUUAUCGUAACUAAUGUCUUAGGUAUAAAAGGGUCUAUACCUAGUGUUAUAGAACAUUUUCCCGAUGAGUUGGAAAUAUAUGUUAAGGAGAAUACUAGGAUCAUGUGCAAAGCCAAAAUUGAUUCUCAUACUCUGACACGAAUAAGUAAAGACGGUUUAGAUAUUUACGAUCGUUUUAAAAUUACGAUAGAAGAAUACGGUGGUGGAUAUAUUGGCUUGGAAAUAGUUGAUCCAUGUCUGCACGAUGCUGGAGAAUACACUCUUACGCUUCACCAUUUAGUAACGGGUCUAACUCAUUCGUCUAGUUGUUUUCUAUCCAUUCAAAAACUUCCUGCGAUAAUCUUGCCGUUUAUAAGGUUACUUAAACCGAUGGAUUCAGUGGUAGCGUGUUUUGGUUCAAAGCUAAUUUUGAAAUGUAGCUUCGAUCUUCAAGGCUACGAUUACUACUUCGUAAAUUGGACCGUAGGCCACUUCAGAGUUGAGCGCUCCAAUUAUCGCUUUAACGUUGUAUGCAACGGUGGAGACUUCUAUCUAGUCAUUAAACAACUGGAACCUGAUAUGGGAGGAUUGGUUGCCUGCGAACUUCGUCGGCUCCUACCAAAUCGGAGAUCCAUUUUAGACGUUACAAUUUCCUCGAAUAUAAUAAUAGUCCCUCCAGCAUUUUUUGACCAUGAAAUAACACUGUAUAAAGCACGCAAAACAAAGUUUUAUUAUAGAACGUGUUCAAACAUUACACACGCUGGUGUCGUCGAAGCUCCUUCAAGAAAUUCAGAACGUGAAACACCAGGGGUUAGCUCUUGGAGAGAUGAAACACAGAAGAAGGAAGUUAAAAAGAACCCAGCUCCCGGUGACGUUAUAAUGGAGUUCCAGUAUUGCAGAUUGGAAAACAAUAACUCAUGCUUUAUAGAAAUCAUAAAGCAGUGCGGGGCAGUUGACUGCAGUACACUGACGGUCCAUAAAAAAGUUGUGGCAGAUGUAGCACCAGCAGCGGCAGAUGAUCAACCACAAAAAGCUUCGAACAUAGUUGUGAUUAAAUGGCAAUCCGAUCUUGAUACAUGGUACGCUGUCGACUUUUAUCAACCUGACGGCACGUUUUUUGAAGCGGGAUUGACCAGUUUGCCGAUGUUUGAAGUUAACGAUCCACCCAUUGAGAAGAUACUUAAAUUUCAGAUUAGAGCUACACCUCGUAUGGCUGCCUUAACGGAUUCACAGGUUGUUUGUAUAUCACCAUUUCAGGACGAACCAACGAGUUCAGGCACAUGCGAAUUAAAAGAAAUGAAACUUUUUGAUCAUUCUUACAGAAAAACUGAUAAUUUAAUCGGUUCAGGCGCAUUUGGCAGCGUAGUCCUAGUUAAGGACAAGAGGGGAAAAUAUUACGCUGCGAAAAUUCUCAAAACGAGAACACAGAAGAAAAGAGACAAUGCACUAAGGGAAUUCGACAUCAUGAAGCAGUUGACGCAUCCAAAAGUAGUGGAAUUAAUAGAGGCUUUCUCCUCGAAAGAUACUUUUGUUCUCGUAAUGAAUUAUUUGUGGGGUGCUGAACUAUUUGAAAGGAUUGUUGAAGAGGAGCACAUAAAGGAAGUGGACGUGGUUCCCUACGUGCGACAAACUUGUGAAGCUUUGGAGUACCUACACGCACUAAAAAUAGUGCAUCUCGAUAUUAAACCCGAGAAUAUCAUCUGUCUGAGUCCAAAUUCUCGACAGAUAAAGCUAAUCGACUUUGGUCUCGCCAGAAUCUUGAAAGAUGAUUACGUAACUAGAGCUAUUUAUGGAACUAGGGACUAUGUGGCACCAGAAGUGCUUAAUUAUGAACAAUUGACAUUAGCUUGUGAUAUGUGGAGUUUCGGUGUCGUGACUUAUAUGUUAUUGUCGGGAGUCAUGCCAUUUGCUGGCGAGGGUUGGCCCCAACGUUCGGCAAACAUUACCCGAGCCAAUUACAACUAUCGCGACCCAGCUUUCGAGGAGAUUUCUGAUCUAGCGAAAGACUUUGUAGAUCGCCUUUUAGUUCUUAAUCCCGCUGGAAGAAUGACCGCUUCAAUGGCUCUAAAUCACCAGUGGAUACUUGACGGCCCGCCGAAAGGAACAAAGGCUGGACAUAUGAAGCAAGCUAGACAGAACUUAAAAUCUUAUCUUGCUAACUAUAAAGCGCGUUGGCAGCGUGCGGGCAACGUGAUGAUAGCGGCACACCGCUUAAGGAAUCAAGUAGGGCAACGGAGUGCGGACGCGGAGAGAGCCCCGCUGCAAGUUACUUAA